UUAUUUUUAUUUUAUAUUUUUGGAUAGCAUUUCGUAAAACGAUUUGGGUAAAUUUUCUAUGACAAAUAUGAAGUUCGUUGGUUUGUUUUUCGCGAUAGCAAUGACAAUUCAACUAAGUUGUGUGUCUCGAUGUGAGGGGCAAGCUGGGAUGAAGAUAAAAGUCAACAAUCGAGGUCUAGGAUUUGUAACUGAUGUUGUUAAAAGACUGGCUCGAAGUUACGUCACAAGCAACUCGAAUCUCGGCAGCUACAGUGGGAGAUACAGUAUUGCAAGUUACAACUUUAACAACAUACGAGUCACAAGAUUUUCUUUCGGGAGUAUUGGCAUUACGACGUCAUCACCAAACGUGAUCACACUUCGAAUUCGAUCAGCAUCUUUUGCAAUGAGGGGCAAUUGGCAUAUCAACUACCGUGUUUGGUUUGUUAGCGUUAAUAAUGACGGCAGCUUCACAGCGGAUGCGACUGGUGUGGAUCUCACUCUUUCUAUGCGGGUGGGGAGAGACCGAAACGGUCGACCAACCAUAAGUUCUACUUCAAGUUGCUCAGCCGAUAUUGGAAACAUGAACACUCGGGUGUCGGGCUCCAGUUUAUCAUUCUUGUACAAUAUUCUUUUGAGGUUUAACUCAAAUAGCGUUCGCAACACAUUCGCUGCAAGGAUCUGCCCAACUGUUAAGUCAGCGAUCCAAAGUCGGGCAAAUUCUAUUUUAAGAAACUUGAAUGUUAACUAUGCGCUGACCACCACGACAAGCAUUGACCUGGCUCUCUCCCGCCCACCAACGACAGCUUCAAACCAAAUAACUGUGUUCUCAAGAGGACGCUGUUUCCCAACUAACAACCCUUCAAUGACAAUUCCAGUAACGGCAGAAAAUUUGCCAGAAUUUCAAAUGACGUCAUCUCAUAUGAUCCGCAUGAUCGUUGGGGAUUACGUCAUAAACACAUUUCUUUACGUACAAUGGGUUUUGGGAAGCUGGGAUUUCUGGUUUGACCCGGACGCACUUGCUGGAUUUCCGCCAACAGGGUUCGAAAAUGUCCUAGGAAACAGGCCCCUUCGGUUUUUCGUACACCCCAGCGAGAGCCCUGUUGCUCGCACAACAUCGGAGAAUGUGAAUAUAACAGCCAAGUUUGACCUUGUUACUUUUGUAGUGGCUGAAAACGGUAGAUUGAACGAUGUUCUCAACAUUUCAAUAGCAGCUAGUUUGACUGGUAAUGUGACAGUGGAGAAUGGUAAUCUGCGUAGUCAGAUCGGUUCAAUAACCACCAAGUCAACCGUGUCCAGUUCCAAGAUCGGGUUUCCCAUCCCCGUUGUACUGGUUAAUCAGAUUGUGAACGAAAUAGCUCAGAGGUUGUUGCCAAGAUUAAAUGCUGUUUCAAUGACGCAGAAAACAAUAUCACUGCCGGUGGGGUUCGCGGCUUCAAAUGUCGUCGUUAACACGGUGGAGCACGGUUUGGAGAUAGCAACCGAUAUGACACAUGCCGGUUAAUUGUAAAGAAUGCGGACGUACUUUUACCUUUAUCAAUCAGUUGCAAAAUAAAUUUCUGUAAAGAGAGU